AUGGCUAACACUACUUUCAACCUGCCCGACGUCAUUCCGGAGGCGUUGAGAACGAGGGACAUGGCCGACUGGAACGAUGCUCAGAACGUCCUGAACUGGCUGGACAAUUACUGGGGCGACGCAAUCCGAUACCGUGGACGAAUCGAGCUGGCGGCGCGGGGAAAGUUUGAGGAAAAAUUACGUCAAGAACUGAGAGAGUCCUCGAAGUUCUUGAACGAGAUGAACGGCCGUCGAAAGAGGGACCCCACCUACGGGGUUGUUUUCCCUCUGAACGUCUCGGUGGUGAUGACUACGAGGGGCCAUCUGCAAAUAGGGGAUGUGGCCGGCGUGAUAAAGGUCAAAUCUGACGCACGGGUGCAACCGGCGCCGGCAGUCGCCUUCGACAAGCCAUGGUGGCAUGAUCCCCCAUACAUGCCGGCGACUGCCCCACCUGAAGACGUCGACAUGGAUGGUCCUGCCGCCGAGCAACCGGCGCCUGAGAAAUCCACCUUGGAUGCAGCCCACCAACUCUCCGGCACCACAGAUGCCACCAAGACCCCUGUGGCUGCCGAGGGUCGGCCCCCGACUGGCAAACACACUCCUACACUCGCCGACGCUAUCAAUCAGGCACGCGACGACACGCCGGCUGAACCUGCCCCGCCCAAGCCGAGCACUCGUUCGAAGGGCAAAGGCAAAGAUCAGCAGUCUGGUCAGGAGACGUCUGUCAACGAAGACAUGCCCGAGAAAGACCCUCGGCAGAAGGUGAAGCGCAAGACCAAGGACAGUGUCGCCGGCAGUGGUGACGAGCAGCCGACGACAAAGCGGAAGUCAAAGAAAGCAAAGACUGCCGGGGCCACCGUGGAGCAGAUGAUCGCACAGACCCUCGAUCACUCCAAUGCUGAGGCCGAGGCGGUGUUGAGCAAGUCCGUCAUUCAACGGGCCAAUGUCCCUCCUGAGGAGGAAGAUGCGAAUCUUUCGGUCGAGGACGUCCAGCGCCGGAACCUUCAGGUCACCCGAGGCCUCAUGGAGGCCCUCAAGCAUGUCGGCUACGCCGAGCAUGCGACCCUGAUCCGCCUGAAGGGGAUCGAGGAAGCCAUCCGGCAUUUGGCCCAAGAUCAAGCAAGUCUUCGUUCCGACCUCGCCUCCGGCCAGCUGAAGCAAAGCAAGAUCUGGAUCGCGCCCGGCGAACGCGGGAUGGGUAAGCUGUUUAAGAUGAAGUUCGGCCUUUCUAAUCCUUAUCAUCAACCACCAUCGGGUUCAGCAGCAGAUUCCUCCAAGCAGCCGGAAGCCGGUGGCAGUCGUGGACCUGCCUUUGGUGAUCUCGAUGCCGACAAUGCGUCUGAGGCGGCCGGGGACGAGUAG